AGGUCACGUGGCCUCGCGGCCAACUAGAUGACGGCCUGAACGGGCAACAACAAACAUGGCAGCGGCUCCGGAGAGGAGCUGGACGGAGGAGAAGGAGAGGGCGCUCAUUGCGUUUUUCUCCAAGAACAGCUGUUUGUGGAACUACAAGUCAGAGAACUACAAGAACCGGGAUCUGCGAUGGAAAACCCUGGAGCGCCUCCGGAUCCUGCUCUCCUCCCUGCCGCCUCCCGUUCCGUUCACAGUGGAAGACAUCAAGAACAAGUUUAAGAACCUGCGUACGACGUUCCAGCGCCAGUACAAGCUGGUGCGUCUGAGCGGCGGUGCCGGCCUGGUGCCGCAGUGGAAGCACUUCCAGCAGCUGAGCUUCCUGCAGGGCUGCUGCGAGCCAGAGGAGGGCGCCGACGAGACGCCGCCCUCCCCGCCUGCAGAGGAGAACUGGCUCCUUCCCGCCUCCCCUGGACUCAGCAUCUCCUUCCUCCACUCGUCUUCCUCAGGCGGCGCCGCUGGGAGGAGCCUCUGGACGGAUGAGAGGGAGCGCGAGGUCAUCGCGUUCUACGCAGAGCACGGCUGUCUGUGGAACAGGAAGUCUGAGAAUCACAACAACCGGCAACUCAGACAGAAACUCCUGGAGUCCCUCCGGAUCCGGCUCUCAGACCAGCUGGUUCUGUUUUCUGUGGAAGACAUAAAAUCCAAGUUCAAGAACCUUCGGACGGUUUUUAACCGGGAAUUCAAGGCGGUCCAGGCGAGCAGAACCUCGGACCAACCCUACGUGUCCAAGUGGAAACACUUCCACCAGAUGCUCUUCCUCUGCGAGUCGUUUGAGGAAGACGAGAUUCCUGACGGCCCGCGUGAAGGAAGCCGGACUUCCUGCUCCCAAAGCGGCGUCUCCGCCUCACCCUUCGACGGCUGCAGCAUAAAGACGGAGAGCUGCAGCAUAAAGACGGAGAGCAACACCAUCAGCUGCUCCGCCUUCCAGGGUUUGUUCCCCGUAGCUCCAGUCCAGACCGAGCUAAUGGAUCCCAGAGCGCCGACCGGAUCGCCGCCGGACAGGAAGCCCGGUCGGGUUUUGGUUCCGGCUGACGACAGGGCGAGCGGCGAGUCGCGCUGCCUCUGGAGCGAAGCCAAAGUUCAGCAGCUGAUCUCGUUUUACGCCGAGCACAGCUGCCUGUGGAACCACCGGGUCGACAGCUUCCGGAACCGGCUGCUGCGGCAGAGCCUGCUGGAGACGCUGAGCGGCCUGCUGUCCGCCGGAGAGCCCGUCCCGUUCACAGUGGAAGACAUCAAGACGAAGUUCAGGAACCUGCGGACCAUCUUCCAGCGGGAGCACAAGGCGGUGAGCGCCAACAGAACCUGCGGCUCCGAGGAUUUCUACCUGCCGAAGUGGAGACACUACCUGGACCUGCUGUUCCUCUGCGACUCCGACAGCGACGAGGCCUCUGCCCAGAACCCGGCCGUCCCACCGUCCCCGACCCCACCGGACUCCUGGCUCUCCUGCUCUUCCUCCUCCUCCUCGUCUCCCACCCACAGCAGGAAGCGAGCGGGCCGGCCGGCGGCGCCGCCGAGGAGCGGGCGCCACGGCGAGGCGCCGCACGCUGGCUUCCUGAAGUACGUGGAGGAAUGUCUGAACGAGGCGCCGCCGCACAAAGUGAAGAAGAUGAAGAAGAAGAUCAUCGAAACGAUUCACAACCUGGAGGAGGACGGAUAAAAAACACUUCAAAAAAUACUUAAAAAAAAACUUUAAAAAAUACUUUACAGCAAAAUACUGGAGCCACUAAGAGAAUAUAGAAAUAGAAUAUGAGAAUAAUGGCUAAAUAAUAACAACAAUAAAGCCAAAAAGAUAAAAAAAAAUAUAAAAUUAUUAAAUUAUGAGAAUAAAAUCUAAAUAACAUGAAAAUAGUUAUAAAAUAGUCAAGAUAAUUCAAAAAUAGUCAGAAAAUUACAAAAGAGUUCUAAAAUUUUAAGAAUAAAGUGAAAAUAAUAUGAAAAUGAAAGAAAAAUAAAGUCAAAAUAAUACAAAAUAAUAUGAUAUAUAAAUAAUAAGGUCCUUAAAAUAUAAAAAAAAAUUAAAAUAGUAAUAAAAAUUUAACAAUAAAGUCCUAAAAUUACAAGACAAAAGUGGAAAUAUUGAGGAUAAAGUCAUAAAACUACAACUUUAUUCUCAAAAUACCAUUUUUAUAAUAUUUCAACUUUAUUCUCAUAAUUUAUUUUCUUGUAUUUAAUUUUGUUCUCUAAAUAUUCUCAUAAUUUAUUUCAUUUUUUCUCAUUGUGGCCCUAAUACAUCAUUCAUGUUCAUAAUUAAAGAGAAAUAUUUAAUGCUGUAUUUAAAGACUUUUUGUUGUUAUUUGCACUGUAAUACUUCCUAAUUCUGUUUCAAAGUGUUUUAGUUGAUUCCACAGUGCCUUAACAAAUUAAAUGUAUCGAUAAAUAUUUUGUUUUGGUUUAGUUUUCCUGUUAUAUUUAAUUUUUUGUGAUUUUAUUUUUGUUUACGAAUGCCCAGAUUAACUCCUUUCUCAUUGUUAAUAUUCUGAGUUUAUUCAUAUUAAAGUUCUAGAGCUGAAGUUCAGAUGUUAGAAAUAAACAGGAAUGAAUCAUGAAUCUGCAGGAAUCUAUCAUUUUAAUAAAACGUCAUUCUGA